AUGUCCGACGAGAACGGCCCCCGAACACCGAUGUCGCCGGUAACGGCCACGAGCAACAUCAGUAGGAAGCAGACCGUGUCCUCGCCGGGCGCGACACCAUCACCAGCCCCCUCGGGUCACUCGAUCAAGCGUUCCGUGACGGUCGAUGAAGCCUCGCAAAUGCGGCGUAGGAUGCCUUUCGGCCAGUUUCCGACGGAGAACUCAUUUGUCGAAAGAGCAGGUCUCCAUAGAAGGAGGAGCUCGACUUUGUCGGAUUACAGCUUCGGGGAGGCUAGAGAUUUGCUGAACCCCAGGCCUACUGGCGUAUCGUCGACAGCGGACGACAUGUCAAACUGGGCUUCGGUGCCUCUGGCAUUCGCCCUUCUCCCGGCAGUCGGCGGUCUCUUGUUUAAGAACGGGAGUGCCGUAGUGACGGACGUGAUGCUUCUAGGCUUGUCAGCAGUGUUUCUGCACUGGUCUGUGACGCAUCCUUGGAAUUGGUACCACUCGGCACAGGCCGUACGCGUCCGGGCAGAAGCCAACACGAGCGCCGUUAUUGACGACGACAGCGAAAAUGAGCAAGCAGUGGGAAGUCCUUCGUCAACGGCCUCCACCCUCAACGGCCACGCGGCCAACGGCGGCAUGGAUGACACCUCCGAAAUCCCUACCACUCCCACGUCUUCGGUGCAUGAACAGCCACCGAAGGCCGUACACGCUGGGAAGAAAGAUGACGCUAUGGCCGAGCUCUGGGUGCAUGAGAUACUGGCUCUGGUGUCAUGCUUCAUGUUCCCCAUGCUAGGCGCAUACUUGCUGCAUGCAAUCCGCGCGCAGCUGAGCCGCCCUUCCGAGGGUUUGGUAUCCAACUACAAUCUUACAAUUUUCCUACUGGCAGCAGAGCUUCGUCCGCUCUCCCACCUGAUGAAGCUGGUUCAGUGUCGGACGCUCCAGCUUCAGCGCGAUGUUCACGUGAACCCUUUCAAAGAAGAGACCGUUACACCCGAUCAGGUGAGAGUGUUGAUGGCCAGGUUGGAGUUGCUGGAGUCACGACCUGAACCAAUGCCAAUCAAACACAACGGCAAUUCGGACAACUCGAAAAUAAAGCAAGAGGCUGCGAUAGCCCGCGAUGUUCGCAACGCCAUCCAGCCCGAUCUGGAUGCCCUGAACCGAGCCGUGCGACGGUACGAGAAGAAAGCUACGGUGCUUGCGUUCCAGACCGAGUCUCGGUUUGCGGCCGUUGACACCCGCCUGAACGACGCCAUUGCUCUGGCUGCGGCGGCGGCGAAAAACAGUGCCGCCCGCCCAGGGUUUCUACAGUGGCUGGUAGAGUCUGUGUGGGCAAUCAUCACCAUGCCUUUCUAUGCUGUGGUUGCGUUGCUCGUGCUGCCAUUCAAGACGGUCCGCGGGCUCCUGAAGCGUAAGAAGAAGCAGUUGCCGGAACGAAGCUCGAGAUCGAGCCGCAACGGCAAGGCCAUGGGCCACGGCAGAGUAGCGGCGGACCGGCCACCGAGUCGCGUCUCGAAAAGAUGA